GACUACUCAUGCGAACCACUUACCGGCCUCUGUUUCUGCCUAUUGCUCUCCUGGGCCUUGCACUCUGCAGCUAGGUCUGAGUCUGCCCCAGACCUGCUGGUGUACUCCAACCACCAUGGACCUGUUGUUUGGGCGCCGGAAGACGCCUGAGGAACUACUUCGGCAAAACCAAAGGGCCCUGAACAGAGCCAUGAGGGAGCUGGACAGGGAGCGGCAGAAGCUAGAAACCCAGGAAAAGAAAAUCAUUGCAGACAUCAAAAAGAUGGCAAAGCAAGGUCAGAUGGAUGCUGUUCGAAUCAUGGCAAAAGACCUGGUGCGUACACGGCGAUAUGUACGCAAGUUUGUGUUGAUGCGGGCCAACAUCCAGGCUGUGUCCCUCAAGAUACAGACACUAAAAUCCAACAACUCAAUGGCACAAGCCAUGAAGGGUGUUACUAAGGCCAUGGGCACCAUGAACAGACAGCUGAAAUUACCCCAGAUUCAGAAGAUCAUGAUGGAGUUUGAACGGCAGGCAGAGAUCAUGGACAUGAAAGAAGAAAUGAUGAAUGAUGCCAUCGACGAUGCCAUGGGUGAUGAGGAAGAUGAAGAGGAGAGCGAUGCUGUUGUGUCCCAAGUCCUGGAUGAGCUGGGACUGAGCCUCACAGAUGAGCUAUCAAACCUCCCUUCCACUGGCGGCUCACUCAGUGUGGCUGCUGGUGGGAAGAAAGCAGAGGCCACAGCCUCAGCCCUGGCUGAUGCUGAUGCAGACCUGGAAGAGAGGCUCAAGAACCUUCGAAGGGACUGAAUAACUCUCCAAAGAAUGGACUCCAUGCCCAGGGUCUUCUCCCUGUCCCCUCUGAAUAAAGAAAUUCAGACAU